AUGUCCCGCGUUAGCCGGACGCCUCAUCUCAACCUCGCGACAGUCCUGACCCAGCAGAAUCCACGAAUCGACCUCAAGUUAGAACAACACGAUAACGCGACAAACUUAUUUCUGCGUGCAGUCGAUGAUUAUGCGAAUCGUGCUGCUGCCGAGAUAAUAAGGCGGAGAAACGAGCAUGUUGAUGAGACCAAACGCGGCGAGGAAGAAAUGAAGCACAUGGAAGCGGAGACGACUCAGUGCAAAGUGAAAGAAAUUGAACUCAUAUCCGAACUGAGCCGUGAACAGGACGAGAAGAAGGAAUCGGAAAUGAUUGUGGCUCAGCUGCGGCGCCAGCUCGCGUCGAUCAAGGAGAAAUGCAUGCAUCUGGAUGAAGAAAUUGGGCAACGCAGUGCGGUGACGUCCAAUCUCCAACGAGAGCAGAGCAACGAGCGACAACUGCUCGCAAGCCACGCUACCUCGCUUGAGCAGGAACUUGCGGAUUUCGGACAAGUACUUGGUUGCUUCUGCGAGGGCAUCGAUUCCGAUCAGCUGCUUUUCCGCUUUGCUGAUGUUUACAAAGACAACGAAGCAAGCUUCGUCUUGGACGUUAGUGAGAGAUCGUAUCGAGUGCUCACGUCGACGCCGCAUCUACCGUCACUGCCUAACUUACUCGACGACCUGAACGAAAGUCGGGACCUCUUUGCGUUCCUCAAAGAGGUUCGGCUGGCCUUUGCUGAAAUGCACUCGGGCAAGCAAUGAGUCCCAGCCAUACUGCCGAGAAAGCUGUGGUAGUUUCUGGAUUUCAUUAUGCGGCUGGGAGAUCUAGUCCCUGAUUUAUUCUUAUUGCUUUGCCUCUCUGAGGGAAUCAGCG